AUGACUUAUAAACGUCGGGGAGCCCAAUCUUCAGAAACGUCAAACCGAAAAUAUCAUAAUUCAGAUGAGGAACAUAGCGAUGAAAGUUCAUUAAAAAAUACAGAAGUUACAAGAGAGGCAAGAGGUGCAGUACGUGCAAGGGGUCUAAGAAGAAGUAGACGUGUUGAAAAACGUUCUCAUAAAACAUAUUAUAUUGACAAUAGAGAAAUUAUCAUGAGGAGUCGAUCUCAUACGCUAAUAAUAACUCCAGAUAUCACGUCGCCUACCUCUAAUAAGAGACAACAAAGUCGACGCUCAACACCUAUAGUUGAACCGCUUAUCAUAGUUGAACCCGCUCAAAGUCAACAUUCAACUUCAAUUAAAGCGUUUGAUAAAAAUGGUAAAAUUGUGCUUGACGAUUCAACAUCGAUCUUACGUGAAGAAGUGCCCAGCGACAAUUAUAGCAAAAAGAAAAACAAUAAAGAUCAUGAAGAUGAUGAGCCAUCCGAAGACCAAACAAUGUUUGGCGAUACAAGUUUUAAAUCAUACGAUAAAUUAUUUGAAUAA